AACUUGAAUCCCAAGCACCUGCAAUUCUAUUCCUAGGAAGAAACCCCCCAAAAAUCAUUGCCACAAAACCAAUACCACAUUCCACUUCUUUGACCCAAAGCAAAACUAAACUCUCCAUCACAAUUUGGUAACUCAGUUUUCUGAAGUGUAUAUUUAUAGAUUUCCAAAAACAAUCUGUAAAUUCAGGUCUAAUCAACGAGGCGUUUGAGUAAAGAUAAGUGCAUUUUGGUUCCAAAUUUCACAACAAAAACAGCAGAGUGCAGAAUUAGGUCAAACUCAUAUCGAUUGCGAUGUCUGUUGAGAAGUAAUAAGGUAAAGCAGAGGGUAGGGAAGGGAAGGGAAGGGAAGGGUAACAUACCUUCCUUAAAAGCCUUGCGCCGCUUUGCGUAUGGCCACCUAACAGAGAAAGAGAAUCAUCAUCAUCAUCAUCAUCAUUUGCGAGAGAGAAGGCAUGACGACGCAGAAACAGAGCUGGGAGGCGCAACAAUCGCAGAUGCAGCAGAGAGUGAAGAAGGCGAUUGGGAGUCCGGCGAGGGAGGAUCAAGAGGAGGAGCUUUCGCGAUCGGCGUUGGCUCUGUUCCGCGCGAAGGAAGAGGAGAUCGAGAGGAAGAAGAUGGAGAUGAGGGAGAAGGUGGAGAAUCGACUUGGACGAGCAGAAGAAGCGACGAAGCGAUUGGCGGAGAUCCGCGAAGAACUUGAAGGAAUGACGGAUCCGAUGAGGAAGGAAGUUUCGUUGAUCCGGAAGAAGAUUGAUUUGGUGAACAAAGAGUUGAAGCCAUUGGGAAUCACCUGCCAAAAGAAGGAGAGAGAAUACAAGGAAGUACUAGAGUUAUUGAACGAGAAGAACAAGGAGAAAUCUCAAUUGAUAGCCAAACUAAUGGAGUUGGUGAAUGAGAGCGAAAAAUUGAGGAUGAAGAAGCUGGAGGAGCUCAGCAACAACAUUGACAUCCUUCAUUAAGAAAACAAAAGUGUUUUCCUAAGUUCCUAACCCUAAAUAACUCUCCUUCUCAUUAUAUUUUCUUUUUUUCUUUUUUAAUCUUUGGCGGGGAAAUGACGUUUGCUUGUGUUGUUAAUAAGUUCCACGACCACGGCUACGGUUGCCAGUGUGAUCCAUGUUUGACGAUGAUUUUCUCAUUUAAGGUACGUUGCGAUUUCAAAUCUUUA